AUGACCGUCAUCACAGAACCAAACGAGCCGCAAAGAGAAAUGACUACCCAAAGCUUGAGUUGGCGCGAUAACGAUAAACAGGGCGUUUCAAACCGAAAUACAGAUGUUUAUUUUCCAAACAAUUAUCAUCCUCCCUGUAAAGACUUCAACCCUCCUUUGGAAAACUCCGGGAAACAGAUUAAGAGUGAGGCUGAGACUAAUUGGGGUCAGAAGCAAGUAUCAGCCGACACGGACGCCAAUUCUGCGCUGCUGGAAAAUUACAAGUUGGAGGAGAUUGGAGAAUCUAACUCCCACAUCUCUUUGCAACGGGGUUGCUCGCUGGAUGACAGAGGCAGCAUGGGGUCUGAACACAUGCUCGCAGAUGUGGUCUUCGACUUCCACCCAACGAGCUCAUCUUCGGGCGCGCUAGUUACGGACGGCAUUCGUAUCUGCGGCCUACAAAGCGAAGGAUUAUCUGGAAUUUAUGGGACAACGGACGGAUUCGCCGGUCCGCGGAAGCCGGAUGAAGGCGAAACAGAGAUGGACGUCGCUUCUCUGGACCACUUAGUGGACGGAAACAACCCAAAACACGCCUCUACUCUGUCACUCGCAUCCUCUAAAAGAAAACCUCGGAUCCUCUUCUCUCAAGUUCAGGUCUAUGAGCUGGAACGACGGUUCAACCAACAGCGUUACUUAUCGGCACCGGAACGGGAACAAUUGGCGCUUCUGCUGAAGAUGUCAUCGCAACAGGUCACUGUCAUUUAA